CACGAGGUCAAUCACUCCUAACCAAACCACCUCCGAGCUCACUCCGCCGCCCUCCCCGCAUCCCGUCCAACUUUCUCUCUCCUCCUCAACUCUUAUUUAUCCCUUCACGAUAAAUACACAGCAACCCUACCUACACCACAUACCCCACCUCAAACAAACCCUCCCAAACCAACGUCCGAAAAUGCCACCCACGACAUCCACAUCAACAUCAACCACCAAACCAACCCCCAUCCCCAACCCCCGCCGCCUCCUCAUCCUCACUCCAACCACGCACUCCCAAUCCAUCAUCCCUCCUCUCCUGCACUCCCUAACAGGCACCCCCGUCACCACUCCUCCAACAGCGCCAGCAUCAGCUUCACCAACACCGACCCCGACCCUCUCCUCCGCCUCCACCCUCGCCGCCUCAUCCACCACCUCCCUCGCAUCCAGCACCACCAUCACCACCACAUUCGCCGGCUACACCACGCACCCGCCCCUCCACCUCUCAAACAAGUACUACACAGCCGACGUCCCAAUCUGGGUAGACGAGAUCCCUCUCCAGACCUCCGACCCAACCCCCUCAGCAUCCGGAAGCACCAUCUCCCCCACGCAAUGGAAAGCCGAGUUCUCCAGCCCCGAAGCGCAAGUUGUGCGGGACGCUAUCGGCGCCGUGAUGAUCUGUUUCCGGAACCCCGUGCAGAUGGACCCCGUACCCGGCCAGCAGGAAUCACAGCAGGAAGAUGAUGUGGAAGAUCGGGCUGAUGUGCGCGGGCUGAAGGAGUUCGGUGAGGAUGAGGAUGGGCUGGUGUUGGAGAUUGAUGAGGUGUUUUCGGAGGGGUGGUGGGAAGAUCAGGUUUGUGAGAUGGGGUUGAUGGGAAUGGAGGUUGUGAGGUGGGGUGGGAAGGAGGGAGAAGAGGAGGAGGUGGGGAGGAAUCGGUAUGGUGAAUUACAGGGCAUGCGCCGGAUUAAAGAGGUUUUGGAGACGCAUGAUUGGGCUGCGACGGAGGAUGCAGAGACAGGGUUACUGAAUGAUGGGAUUGAUGAUGAUCUUGAGAGCGAGCUUCUAGGUUUGGAUGAUGCAGACAAUGGGUUCGAUUUGGAGGUGGAUGAGCUGCAGCGCGAGAUGGUUGGGUUGCGGAUGGCGAUUGAGCGGGGAGGAGGGGAUGGGUUUGAUGAUGAUGACGAUGAAGGGGAUGAGGAGUUGCGCGUCGAUGCGGUCGAGGCGCUGUUGCUUCGCAUGAGAGCCAUCAAGGAUAUCAGCGACGAGUUGCCCGAAGCGGAGAGGAAACGGUUUGCAGCAAAGGCCGUGCGUGAUAUCAUGAGAGAGAUGUAGUUGCCAAGUAUAUAGUGUACAUUAUAUUGUGUAUUAUCAUGCCGAGCUUAUAUCCAUCUAUACCAUAGUACCACUAUACCAUACACAUAUACCCACUUGUAACCCUUCACACCUCUUAUCUCCACCCCCAAUUUAUCCAGUCAACACACCUAUUUCUUGCUCAUCGCCUUGCGUCUCUGCUUAAUCAUAUGCGUAUACAAAAUAUACGACCCUACCCAAAUUAGCACAUACCCUUAUAUAAAAG